AUGAUAAAAGCAGAAGUUAUAUGUUAUAAGAUAGCUAUUCUUAUACUUAGUGAGGCAAGAAUUACCGAAGAUAUUGAGGAUUCAAAGUUAACUAUCAGAGUGAGAGGUCAAAAGUGGAUAAUUGGUGGUAACUAUCACUCUCCUAGUGCAAGUGAUGCUGAUUUUAUUGAUAAGUUGGAAGACGUUUUAGACGAUUACUUCUCUGUGAGUAAAUGCAUUUUAGUAGGGGAUAUAAAUAUAGAUUUUAAAGAUGACAAGAAUUUCUAUACCAACAAAAUUCAACGUUUAUUUGAAGUUGAUCAGUUGGUCACUGACUAUACAAGGGUAACUGAUAUGAGCAUGUCUUUGAUAGAUUAUGUUGUUUCUAAUCAUGGGAACAUUGAGACUAAGAUGCAUGAUCAACCAAAGUUGUCGGAUCAUUCUGUUGUAUCUGUUAAUGUCUUUUCAAAUAUUGCUAGCAAAACAGUCAAAAUGGUUGAAAUAAGAAAUUUAAAAGACGUGGAAUUAAUAAAAAUAAACAUAGACUUGUUGUUUUGUGACUGGUCAAUAAAUAGUAUUAAUGUCAAUGAAAUUUAUGAGAAUUUACGGGCGAAUAUAACUAAGGCAGUCAAUGCAAAUUCAUCUAAGCUAUCAUUGUCAGUGAGAGGUGACCAGGUGCCCUACAAAGAUAUUGAACUCAAAAAUAAAGCUAGGGAGCGAGAUCUUGCCUACAAACAAUUUAGGAAAAGUGGCCACCCAAUUGACAAACAUAAUCAGUGGGAGAAAUACAAGAUGUUCAGAAAUGAAUAUGUUAACUUGUUAAAAAUGAAAAAAAGACAAUAUUUUGAAGAAAAAAUUGAUCACAAUAAACAUAACCCCAAAACUAUGUGGAAAACAUUGAAAUCUUUAAUAAAGCCGGUAGGAACUACUACUUUUGAUAGAAUAAUUUUCUACCCGAAUGACCAAAAAGUUAUUUCCAGAUGUGAAGUGGAAAUAGCUGAUAAUUUCAACUUUUACUUCGUUAGCAGUAUUUGUGACAUUGUAAAAAGUAUCCAGUCUGAUAUUAUAUAUGUGGAUAAUGAUUUAUCUUGUGAUGCAGUUACGUUCCUGAAAUUUAGAUCCAUUUCAUUCGAUGAAUUGAAAGAAUUUAUACUUUCAUUUGAAAAUAAAACAUAUGGUGAAGAUAUUUUGAAUAUUAAACUUGUUAAAAAUACUUUGCACUCGAUUAGUCAUGUAAUCUUGAAUUUUAUCAACACUUCACUAGCUUAUGGAGUUUUCCCGGAUGCAUUAAAAGACGACUACUGUAAGAUCGUUCGCCUAUUCCGAGAGGAAGAAGUGCCCCAUCACACUUUUCCUCUCCCUUCGGAACGGAACAUCCAUGCGGUGGUUCGAGGAGUUCCCGUCAACUUUUCGGAUACUGAGAUUAAGGGAGAACUGGAGCAGAGGGGAUAUAGCCCUCUUCACAUCAUUCGAUUGAAGCGCAGCGGCGGCACGCCCAUGCCUUUGGUGGUCGUGAUACUGCCCAAGACUGAAAAGUCUCAGCAAGUGUUCAACGAACACGAACUGCUGGGACUAGCCAUUCGAGUUGAGGUUCAGAAGAACUCCAGACUCAUUGGGCAGUGUCACCGCUGCCAAAAUUUUUGCUUGCAUAAUAUAGGUGGUUCGUAG